CUGCAAUAAUAAUAAUAACAAUAAGCACGCUUCUGAUUUAAGUUGGCUGACGUCAUCUUUUCCAUCCAUGGAAAUCUCUACCCAACUGAAGCAAGUAUUCAAGAUCAUCGACGCAAACGGCGACGGAAAGUUAUCGCCGUUCGAGCUCAAAAAAGUUCUUCUGAUAAGCACGGGCCACGAAAAAGCAGAAGCUGCAAAGCUAGAAGCAGAAGCUGAAGGAAUAGUGAGGGAAAUGGAUUUCAACGGGGAUGGUUAUGUUGACGUGGAUGAGUUUGUGAUUACGGUUAUGGGAAUGAACGGUGAGGAUUUAAUGGGGAGUGAGAUUAUUAUGAGAUCAGCUUUUCGAGUGUUCGAUGCCGAUAACAAUGGAUUGAUUUCUGCGGAGGAGUUGCGGAGUGUUAUUCGAAGAGUUGGUUUUGGGAAUAGCAGUCUUCGGGAGUGUCGGAAAAUGAUCGAAGGAGUCGAUAUAGACGGUGAUGGAUUCGUGAGUUUUGAUGAGUUUAAGUUUAUGUUGUGUGGUGGUGGAUUGUCUUAGAAUUUGUUUGUUUGAGCUUUGUUUGAAUUGUGUAAGAAUUCUUUCUUUCUUUUUUUUUUUUUUUUUUUUGAGUUCUUGAAUUAGGUGAUUAGGUAACUAUGUUUAUGCAAGAAUUGCUAAACGUGGUCAUGAUUUAAUUAUUAUUUUUGUUUGUUU